UUGAGUAGUGCUUCGCCUAUUAACCUUCGCCGAUUAACAUGGCGAACAUGUUUGCGUACAGGUGGUCUUGGCUGCCUCUUAGCCUGUUAUUUUAUUUGGAUUUAUCCCUUUUUCUUACUGCCCAGGCGAGACGAUUCGGUUCAAAUUCUAAGACCAUUCAUCUGCCAGAAACAGGGUCAGAUUUAUACAAUGUUGAUGAUAGAACUCGUAUAUUGAAAGUGGACCCGAAUUUCGACAAGAAUCGAGCGAUGUCUAUGCUCUCACCAGACGAGACAUUUAAUAACGAUAAUGUUGGUGAUAAUAAAAUACGAAAGAAGCGUGAAGCGUCGUCGCCUUUUCUUACUAACAUGACUACAGAGGCACACCUGAAAGACAGCCAUCAGCUCAUGGUUGUGCACUGGGCAGGUAAAAAUAGCAGAGUGAUUGUAGCCUUAACUAAAGACUCCAAACCAACAGCCAAAGCAUCUUCCAGCAAUGUAUUCAUAUCAUAUAAUUAUGGCAAAGACUUUGAAAAUGUUAGCUACAAGUUGACAUCAGACAACAAUGUGUCAGCUAUUCACCAGUUUCAUAAUCACCCACGACAGAACAGCCAUUAUGUAUUUGUGGAUAUAACUUAUAACGUCACAUUUUUCACACGAGACUAUGGAAAGGCUUUCAUUAAGCAUCCUGUACCUUUUUGCCCCAGAGUAUUGGCCUUUCAUUCUUCGAAUCCAGAAAUACUUCUUGGCAUGGAUGAUGAUGAUUCACAGAGAAAAUUAUAUUUAACAAAGAAUUUUGGAGAUUCUUGGACUCUAGUGCAAGAAAAUGUGAAAGCCUUCUUUUGGGGUCAAGGGAAAUAUGAUAAUCCCAACAAUAUCUACGUGGAACGAAUAGAACCCAAUGGCCACAGUACUGUUGUCCUUUCAACAAACUUUUUCUUAGGAAGUCAACUGGCCCUUAUAUCAGGAGUUGAAGAUUUUGAGAUCAAGGACAACUACAUGUUUGCAACAAAGAAAAUUCGUUAUUUUGGAUCAUCUCAUCCUUUUCAUCUCCAAUUAUGGGUUUCUCGCAAUGGUGGUGAAUUCAGACUGGCCCAGUUCUGGCCUCAAAUGAACAAUAUGGACUACUACAUAGCUGAUGCUUCUGAAGACCAAGUUUUUGUGUGUGUUAACCAUCAUAAUUAUCUGAGCAAUCUAUUUGUUUCUGAUGUCAAUGGGAUCAAGUUCUCUUUAUCCCUUGAAAGAAUUAUAUACUUCAAGCCUAAAGGUCCAAAUAAAGACACAUGGCUAAGUGUUUAUGCAGAUAAAUCAUUUGCUGAUAUUCACAAAGUGAAAGGUGUACGUGGUGUUUAUAUUGCUUCACAGUUCAUGAACAACUCCUUUAAUGUUGAUAACCAAAUUAGCUUGAUAACAUUUAAUAAAGGGGGCACAUGGCGUCCUCUGUUGGCUCCUGAAAAAACCAGAGACGGAACAGUUUUAAACUGCUCUGUUUCAUUUUACACUCACUGGUUUAGAAAGAAGUGGCUUCAUUGUUCUUUGCAUGUAAGCCAAGAACUUGAACAUCUUUAUCCCAAUAGUCAUUCCCAGCCAAUCCUCUCAAGAGAAUCAGCACCAGGACUUAUAAUUGCUGCUGGUACUGUUGGUAGUCGUAUCAAACAGUAUAACCAAAAUGUAUUCCUGUCAGUAGAUGCUGGCCUUACUUGGCAUGAGAUCUUACUGGACAAGCAUUAUUUCAUCUUUGGGGACCAUGGUGGACUUAUUGUUGCCAUUAAGCAGUCUGCACUUACAGACACAAUACUUUAUUCCUGGAACAAUGGUGAAACCUGGACAUCAUUAAAAUUUACUGACCGAAAGAUUUGGGUGUAUGGUUUAUUGACUGAACCAGGUGAAAAAACCACAGUGUUUUCAAUAUUUGGAUCAUAUGCAGAAAAACACGAGUGGCUAAUUGUUCAAGUCAAUCUGAGCUCUAUCUUCAAGUCUGUUUGCAGCAAGGAAGAUUACAAACUGUGGUCUUUGUCUGAUACUCUGAAAGAAACUGAAGGAAUCAGGGGGUGUCUAUUAGGAAGAAAAGAUAUCAUUGAAAAACGUGUCCCACAUGCAAAAUGUUACAAUGGAGAAGAAUACAUACGUCCAAUAAUUACAAAGAAUUGCACUUGUACAAGGGAAGAUUUUGAAUGUGAUUAUGGCUUUAAAUUAAGAUCUCGACACAGCUUGACCUGUGAAACUGAUCCCAAUUCAGACCUUGAUAUACAUAAGAUACCAAGUCCUUGCUACCCUGGAACCUACUAUUCUUACACCAAAGGUUACCGUCGUAUUGCUGGUGAUAGCUGCAAAGGUGGAAUGGAGGCAAUAUAUGCCCCACAAAUGAAUUCUUGUCCAGUCAAAGAAAUUCCUGAAUUCCUUUUGUAUGCUCAACGCAAAAUGAUUCAUCGAUAUGAAUUUGGUUCCCAGAAAAAUGACAUCCUUGUACAAAGAGGCAUCCUUGAUGCUGUAGUUUUUGAUUUUGACAAAGAAGACAACUGCAUCUACUGGGGAGACUUGGCUUUGAACACUAUAACGAGACUCUGUUUAGAUGGAAAUCAUAGCCUUGAGGUUCUUAUUGAAAAAGAUGUUUCUGGCAUUGAAGGAAUGGCUUUUGACUGGAGUUCAGGCAAUAUCUAUUGGAUUGAUUCUGGGGCUCGCAAGCUUGAAGUGGUGCAUAAAACUGGCCGUUUCAGGAGAACACUUCUUAGAGGAGGUGAUACCCUGGAUAAACCUCGAUCAAUUACUCUUAAACCACACUACGGCUACCUCUAUUGGACAGACUGGUCAUCAACUAACCCACGUAUAGUCAAAGCCAGUAUGGACUGCCGUAACAUCACCUAUAUAGUUCAGGGCAAAGAUAAUUUGGUAUGGCCCAAUGGCAUUACUAUUGAUCACCAGAUGGGACGAUUGUACUGGACAGAUGCCUUUCUGGAUCAAAUUGUCUCUUCAGAUUUAGAUGGCAAUGACCGAAAGAUCAUAGUAAAAGGCAAUGAAAUCCCACACCCUUAUGCUAUUGUGGUAUAUAAGGAAAAUAUUUACUGGACUGAUCUCAGCAGACAAGCAUUAUUGACUGCUAACAAAAAUACUGGUUAUGGUGUGACUGCAAUGCUAACCAAUGUGACUGGUAUAACUGAUUUGAAGGUUGUCCAUCAAUUGGCCCAAAGCACUUUAAGUGCUUGUUCUUUCAAGAAUGGGAUGUGUUCACAGCUCUGUGUACCUCGACCUCAUCAUUUGCAUAUUGGACACAACAACCGAACUUGUCUCUGUCAAAACUACAUUGGACAUAUUCUAAAGCCUUCUGGAGAUGAAGACUGUUACUGUCCUCAUGGGGAAACUUACCAAAAUGGAAUUUGCAAACCAAACAACAAUACUUGUGAACCUCAUCAGUUUCAGUGUCACAACAGCCAAUGUGUCUCAGCUGCUGUGAAAUGUGACCAUGAUCCUGAUUGUGUUGAUGGCAGUGAUGAACUUAACUGUGAAUAUCAUCCAUGUUCUGAAGGUAACUUCCGUUGUCCUAACAUGCAAUGCAUUCCACACCACUGGCUCUGUAACCAUGAAAAUGACUGCAGUGAUGGCUCUGAUGAGAAAAAUUGCACCUAUCCACCUUGUUCUUCUGCUGAAUUCACUUGCAAUAAUGGCCGCUGCAUUCCUUUGAAUUGGACGUGUGACUUUGACGAUGACUGCCAUGAUUAUUCUGAUGAAGCUAAUUGUGAAGAUGAAUUUAACCAGUGUUCUGAAGGUAAUUUCCAUUGCCCUAACAUGCAGUGUAUUCCAAGACAUUGGAUCUGUGAUCAUGAAAAUGACUGUAGUGAUGGUUCUGAUGAGAAAAAUUGCACUUACCCAUCAUGUUCUCCUAAUGAAUUCACAUGUAAGAAUGGUCGUUGUAUUCUUUUGAAUUGGACAUGCGAUUUUGAUGACGAUUGCCGUGAUUAUUCUGAUGAAGUUAACUGUACAGACGUUUACAAAACUACAGCACCUGUUCCAACUACAACUAAGUCAAGUUCCUUGCCCAGAUGUAAUGGUGUAGAAUUCCAGUGUGACAAUGGCUUUUGUAUUUUUGCCAGUGAACGUUGUGAUGGCAUCAAUGACUGUGAUGAUAACUCAGAUGAAGAAAACUGUUUUCUUUCUCCUCCACCACCAAGCUGUAAAGCAGAUGAAUUUCAGUGCACUACUGACAGGAAGUGCAUCCUAACAAGGAUGCAGUGUGAUGGCCAUGUAGACUGCUCUGAUCGAAGUGAUGAAGAAUAUUGUUCAUCAGGCAAUGAACACAAAUGUGAAGGAUUUUCAUUCCGCUGCACAAAUGGUAUGUGUAUUCACAUGUCAUGGACUUGUGAUGGUGAGAAUGACUGCAAUGAUAAUUCUGAUGAAGAAAAUUGUCCAACGAUUGAAAAAUGUGGAGAAGGCAUGUUUCACUGCUUACAAUCCCCUGGUUGCAUUCCACAAAGCUCUAUUUGCAAUGGUAUCAAUGAAUGCAUUGAUCAUUCAGAUGAAAGGGAUUGUUACUACAACCACUCAACUAACGGAUUUAACAAGCCUCCAAAGAAAUGUGCUGACUAUGAGUUCUUAUGUGAACCUGAUAGUGACAGGUGUUUACCUUACUGGAAAGCAUGUGACAGUCAUAUUGAUUGUCUUAAUGGCCGGGAUGAAGAAUUUGGAAUGUGUAAAGAGGAACUGCGUGUGCCUAAUCUGUGGUAUACCAAAGUGACCAGCAACAGUGUUUUACUUUCAUGGGAAGCAACCAAACAUUUCUCCAGCAAUAUAUCCUAUAUGCCAAGUAUUGUAGAAGUGCCAUCAUAUACAUGGCUGAACCGCAGCAUCACCAGGAAAACCACCUACAACUUUACCAACCUAAAACCAGCAACUAUCUACUAUUUGUUUGUAUCUGUGAAGGUCUCCAAUGCCACCGGUAGCCGUAUCUACAGCCCUGUGCAUUUUGUUUCAGUGAAGACAAAUGAUGGCAUUCCUAGCAAACCUGUGCACUGUUCUGUCCACCAAGACGGAAAUGGAGGUCUCAUUGCCAGUUGGAAGAAACCAAAUUAUCCAAGAGGAAAGCUUAUUUACUAUCUAGUUACCAUUGAAGACACAAGCAUUGGGAACCAAUACAGUAUUGGUGUCAAAGACACUAGUCAAUCAAACUAUUCAGUAACCCUGACUUCUCAGCCCUUAAUAAAGAAUCACACUUUUAUCAUAAAGAUUCUUGCUGCAACCAGUUCGGGUGAUGGUGUAGCCUGUGAAAACAAUGUAACUUAUGACAGAGAUGGAGUGAUUAGUCCAGUUACAGGACUCACAAAGAAGUCUGAAAAUUAUCAAGUAACUCUUUCUUGGAAUCGGGUACUUAAGGCAAAAUCUUACAAAGUCAUAUACCUCGAUAUAUGGAAUGCUGAACACCGCAUUGAUGUUCAGAAGGAAACUGUAACUAUUAAUAACUUGGCUCCUGGCUGUAGUUAUUUGAUCCGGAUCCAGGGUUACAAUGAUAUAUCAGCUGGUCCCCCUGUAGAGAUAUCUGUUCACACAAAAGGUAAAGAAAUUACAACACCCAAUAUUUUGGCAGCAAUGUUGGUAAAAAAUAAUUCUUUCAAUAUCACAUGGAUUGGACCAAGCCUUGGUCAUCACCAGCGCUUUGCCAUUUUCUAUGACACAAUUCCUCGUCAUUUAGAGAAUUCUCACAUAAAAGAUGCAAGAUGGGUAGAAUACACAACAUCCCAGUUUAUGGUCUUACAGAAUUUACAGGCGUGUGAAGCUUAUAUUGUAAAAGUUGCAGUGGUAAGAUCCAAGACAAUACCUCUCAGCCAACUCAGUUCUGAAAUACUCUUUCAAACUUCAUCAGAUGACCGAGCACCACCUAAAGAAGUGCAUGUGACUGAAGGCACCAAUAAAAGUUGUAUAAAUAUCACCUGGCAGCCACCAUGCUCAGAAGAAAAAAUUAAACAGGUAUACAUCAUCUAUAUCAAUGGCUCUAACUCAGUGUCACCACUGCCACCUACAGACAAGAAAUAUCUUGCAACUGAGAUCUGUAACUUCAGACGUGGUGCCACUUAUAAUAUUUCCAUAGGUCUUAGCCAGUCUCGUCUUUCAAUACCAGUCUUAUGGCAAGUUGAACAAUACUCUGAGCCCAAUGCUGUGAAGGUGGUCGAUGAAGAUCCGGAUAAAUAUUAUUACAAAUUGAUAUGGAACAAAAUCAACAUACCAUCACAUUUGUUUACGGGCUAUCAAGUAGUCUACAAAGUUGGAGGUGAGAAAGAUUUUCAGGUGUACUGUGUUAUCAACAGUACAUCAGUCAGUUUGAAUAAACUUGCUAAAGGAUUCAUGUAUCAACUAAAAGUGCGGCUGAAUAAAAUUGACGGCUACUAUGGAAAAUUUAGUAGUGUAGCUUCCCUUGCCAUUCCUUUGACUGUGAAGGCCUCAAGUGUCAAUCUUGUUGCCAUCGUUGUACCCAUCAGUGUUGUGACUCUCAUCUUAGUCAUCUUAGGCAGUAUUCUCCUUGUUCUCUUUGUGCGACAUAAACGCCUCCAACGCAGCUUCCUUGCCUAUGCUAGUAGUCAUUAUGAUCCUCGAUCAGAACGAACAACCUUUAAUUCUGCAGAAUAUCUUGGAGAAGAUGAAGAUUCUCCAAUGAUAACUGGAUUUUCUGAUGAUGAACCGUUAGUGAUAGCAUAGAAUGGCUAUAGAAUGGAGCAGAAUAGCCAUGGUAACAAUCUGCUGCCACUGGCAGACUUACUUAGAAUGUCUGCAGAACACAUUUACUGAGCAACAAUAACAGUAUAUUAGAAUUGGCUAUCCACAUACACACACACAUAUAUAUAUAUAUAUGCAAUUACAAGCAGGCAUACAUACAUCCAUCAGUUAUAAACAAACACACACUUACACAUGUAUUCACACAGAUAUACAUUUUACACUCACUGGAGUUGGCCAUAAUUCUGAGUGUAUUUCCUAUGUGAUAUUGUUGUCCACUUGACUUGGGCUUGCUCCCUUCCUGCAGCUAAAAAAGACUCCCUCUUGGUCAAUAUGUUUACUGGCUUUUAAAUAGAUCAGUUCCACUUUUCCCUUACACACAAGCACACACACUCACCAUACAUCUAUACAUGCCAUCCUACAAACAUCAGAAUUCUUAAUUAACAGCUAUUUAACAUGCUGCUAAACUUCACUGAGAUCAUUCGACUGUUGUUAUACAUUCCUAUUACACAUUCCUUUUUAUUUUUGGAUUGGCAGAGAUGUUAGAGCAUCAUUAAGAAAUGCCUUGUGGUGUUUCUUCCAGCUCUACAUUCUGAGUUCACAUCCCAUUAAGGCCAACUUUGCUUUUCACCUCUCUGGAGUUGAUAAAAUAAAGUACCAGUCAAGCACUGGGAUUGAUGGAAUCGACAACCCCAUCCCUCAAAAUUGGUGGCCUUGUGCCUAAAUCAGAAAUCAUCAUCAUUAUUAUUAUUAUUAUUAUUAUUAUUAUUAUUAUUAUUAUUAUUAUUAUUAUUAUUAUUAUUACAUGGGGGAACAAACUGAAUAGAAACUGGAGAAAAAUGAAAGAAUAAAAAAUAACAAUGUAAAAUUACCUUCCAUUUAUAUAUUUUGUGACAAAUUUUAACAUGUUCUUGAAAUUUUUUUUUUUGGCUCCUAUGCAUGGAGAUGAAAUCUUCACUCAAAAAUUAUAAAUAUUCUAAAAAAAACAAACUUUUCAUAUAUUUAGCUUUAACUCUACAUAAAGAUAUUUCAUUUUGUUUCCCUUCAGUAAAAUCUCCACAGCCCCCAUUCCUAAAAAAACAAUGUGGUUUUUUUUUUUUACAAUUUAGCAUAUAUUACUUUUUAAUAUUUUAAUCUUUAUUUUCAUUUAUACUGUAUAGUAGUUCAUGUUUAUUUUAACUGCUUAUGUUUGACACCGUAUUCACUUCGUAGUUUGUCAAAAUAUUGAUUAACAUAUCGAAAAGAGAGAGGAAUGAAAUGAGAACCUUUAAACCACACAUGUAUAUACAUACCACUCUCUCUUUCUCUCUCAUAGAUAAAUACAUAUCAAUACAUACUUAAUAUGUAUAUAUAUACACACACACAAAAUAAACAAAACAACAUACAUACAAACACAUUUAUAGCUAAAUAAUUAUUAACACAUAAACUACAUACACAAAAAAUAAAUUUACUUUCCCUUUGAAAAUUCUCUAAAGUAAGUAUAUUCCAUACAAGAUCUUUAUUUUAUGGAAGUAAUAUAUUUCUUUUGUGAAUAUACUGAUUUGUUUCAUCCAUCUACCCAUUCCUACCAAAAUUUAUCUAAUAUCCUACGAUACUUGGGAGUGUUGUAUCAUUCCCAGUGUUCUGUUCUUGAUGAAAAUUCUUCAAAUGCCAAACAUAAACUGUUACGAAUCAGACAUUAUUUCUCGGUGAGCUGAGUUUGCCAUCCAGUUUUAAUUCCCGGUUGUAGCUAUUUCAUUUUGUUGUAAGUUGUUAAUGCCUUUGGGAAAAAGCAUCAGCUUCUCAGAACCUUGUUUCCCCUGUUUUACAAAUAAUUAUGUGAUUAGUAUGUAUGUAAGAAAUCAACAGUUGUUUCUAUUUACAUAUGUUAGUGUCUGAUGACUUAGCUUGGUCCAAAUGUAUUAAUUCCUAUUCCUGUUUUCACUACUCCUCAUUUUUCAGAAGCUAGUUUAACAGGAGAUAGACACAAUCCUACUAUUAGUUUUUCUCACCGUUCUUUUAUCUUGCCAGGGUUUUUAAAUUUCAAGUCUUAAAUGCAUUUUACUUUUAAAAGAAAUACUAAAAUAAAACAUUGCUACUUCAUAGUAAGAAUUUGUUCAAGACUCUGUGUGUACAUGUGUAUAUGUGAGUAUAUGUGUACAUACUAUCAAUAGAUUUCCCUUUAUCGCAAGCAUUUUCAAAUGAGAAUGAAUCUCUUUCAGCUAAACAAAUUAUAACACACACACUUUUUGAAAGUGAAUCUCAUCUAUUAAAUAUAUUUACAAUGAAUGAACAAGUAGAAUUGCUUAUUGUAUAACUAACAUUUCUUUAAAAGUAUUUUAUGAAGUGAUUAGAUUUUUUUUUCUUAAAUUAACAAGUUGGUGACAGUCUUUUUUAUAAUGCUUCAGGUUAUAGAACAAAGACAUUUAAUUUAUACCAAGCUGGAAAAAUUACACACACAAAUGUUCUUUAUACCUACACUCUCUAGAAUACAAUACAAUAUUGAUGUGCUCUCAACCAGAGAAGUCUGUGACAGAUUUUUCAUUGUUGUGUGUCCUUCCAAUAGAUAUAAACAUCAAUAUGUCUUAUAAUUCCAUUCCUAUAAGUCUUAGGCUUUGUAUCUUUAUGAAUUUUUUUUGCUCUCCUGAGCAAACUAACAAGCCUCAUCUUUGCUGUUUAUAAAAUAGUUUCAUCAUUCCCUAAGUUAGCCACUUCAUCAUAAAAUCCCACCCAAUCGAUGUCACUGUGGUAAAAUAUAAUUUUAAUUAAUUGCUUUUUGCAUUAUUUUUGUGUUGUAUUAUAAUAUUUUCAAUUUUGCACUUCUGUCAUUUUCUCCAGGAUCAAGGCUUGCAAGACAUUCUCUUCCAAACCUAGCUUCUGAGAUAUAUAACAAAUGUAAAAUUAUUGAUUUUUUUUUGUUUAGGACAUUUAUAAAGAAAGAAAAAAACUUGUUAAUCAUGCAUUUAUAGUAAAUACAUUUAUAAUAAACUCUCAUUAUACACUUGGAAGAAAAGGGUAAAAUAGAAUCAAAUAUACAUUGGCAUCUAUAUCUACAAAAAUUACACACAUAGAUACAUACAUAUGUCAUAUAUUAACUCACAUGUAUUCAAUUGCUUUCAGAUAUAUCUAGUAUUACACAUACCACCAUACAUUUAAGUGCUUUUUUAUUUAGAUUUAUUUUCUUUGUGUAUGUCUGUAUCUAUUUUAAUUGAGAAUAUUUGUGUGUAGUAUUUGUCAGGCUUCAUUUAUUAUUCCUACCAUUGCUAAUAAUAAUAUUUUGUCUUCUCCGUUAAAUUUGUGUAUUUCAUUUUUUACUGAAGAACAAGGGUCAUGAUGAAUCUUAAGUGUCUCCAACUAUCUGAUCAUCACUAUCAUCCUCAUCAUCAUCUUUUCAAGAUUUAUUUUGGAGCUUGUAUAUUUGACUAUCUUUUCUUUACAUUCCUGACAGUUGAAACAGAUAUUUCCUAUUCACAAAAUAUUUCCUUGAACAAUAGAUUUGUAAGCAUUUAUUGAAAAAGUGCCCGUACCUUUUUUUUUUCAAAAUAUUCUGAAUUUUGGUUCUAAAUAAUUAACCUUCCCAAUAAGGAAGCAGAUAGACUUAUGCUGGUAGAUAUUCGAAAAAUUUCCCAGUCUCUUUUCUCUCUGUCUUUCUUAUAUAAGGAUUUCUUAUGUAGCCUCAUGACCAGGGGUGGUAAGGCAAAGUCCAUCACGUUCUCUGACUGUUGAGAUUGAUGUUGCCAACAUCCAGCCUACAGGGAAACAGUAGGUAUGAAAAUAAGUGGACAGCAGAGAGGAGAGGACAGUUUGGUUCAAGUGCUCACAAUACACUGAACUCCACUCAAGGCACUCAUGGAUCUGGUGGUAAUACUAAACUAAGUAGGUUCCCAGGCAUGCCACAUUUACCAAGUAUAUAGCAAAAUGGAUUUCUUUUACUUGUUGUUAUUGACCUGUAGAGAUAGCAGGUAUCACUAGAACAUUACAAACUGUUGAGAGGAACAGCAAGAGGACUUUCCUACCUCACAUUGAUAUCAUCCUUCCCUGUUUUACUGAAGUAAAUUUUGCAUAUCCUUUUCUACAUUUUAAAGACAUUUAGCAGUUUUUGUGUUGUUAUAAGUAAACCUGAAGCAUGUCUCUAAUACGCAAUCUUCUACAUCAUCCCCUAUAAAUGCGUGACUAUGUUGAUAAAUCUGAAUACAGUGAAGUUAUUCUAAAUAAUCUUUCACAUUCUACUUACUCUGAUUGGAUUAUGGAUUUUAUGUUGCAUUUCCUUUUUCUCUCUGAAAUUAAAUACUUUAGGAAAGUGUGUACUUUUAAUAAUAAUAAUAAUUUUGCAUCUUUUAUCAUGCUACAUUGUAUGCCUAUGGUUGCAACGUAAACAGUUCUGAAUGAUAAUCUAUUAUAAAUUCCAACUAACUUAUCCUUUUGUAUCAAAAUUUUAUGCAAUAGAGACCAGUUUUCAAUUUGAUAUCUAUUCAUCAGAUUUAUCUCCCUUGAAUUAUAAUGGCCUGUUCUAAUAAAUUCAUUCAAGAAAUUUUUUCAACCUAAAUAAAACUAUGUAGCAGGAAAUCUAACUGAAUUUAGUAUUAGUACAAUAAAAUUUUCAAUUUCAAUUUUAUCGUAAUUAACAAAAUAUCUUCGCAAAUUGAAUAUUUUAUUUUGUCCUUUCCUCCAUUCAUAAGUGCACUCAUAUAUAUGAACACAUCUGCAUACAUAAACUACUUAUUUUUAACUUGUGGUCAUACCUGGUUUUGUAAUUUUAUUAUUUUGUCCAUAUAUAAAAUGUUUGCUUUUCUGAAAAGUGGAAAGGAAUAAAAAUUAUUUGUAUA